GCAGCCGCCUAUAUAUGUUCGCAAAACUUCUCUCUGUCUCUAUCCGUCUCUCUUUCUCUCGCUCCGUAUCUAGCUACGCAGACUCGCUCGGCACAUUUAUACGUGGUGUACGUUUGUGUGUGUUUCCUCGGUGUGUGUUGGUAUAUCAUAUACGCGUGCGUUUCUGCGCCUCCUUCGCCAGCAGCAGCAGCAAGAGCACCCAUAUAGCCGAGUUCCUCGCAUUCGUAUAAACGAAUACGUGCGGAAUAGAAUACAUCCUUCGCAUCGAUCAACGUUUUUUCUAUUUUUCCACCUUGUCUCUGUGCUGUGUCGUACGCGUCUUUGUUGCGAAAAAUCCUCCAGCGAUUAAUCAACGAUUCUAACGCACUUUUCUUAUUUUCCCCCCUUUUUUCUUUUUCCGUUUUUCGUUUUCAACCUUUAUUUUGGCCGCCACUCGCGACCGAAGAUCCUUGACUCUUUUUUGACUAUUGUUCGUUGCUGUUGUUUUCCUCGUCUAUCGAGUGUUCAGUGCUACUGCGACCAUAAACCAGUUCAUACAAAAGUGCAAAUUAUUUUGGUGUGCUACGUGACAAAACGUAUCAUUAUUGAAAAGUGUCACAAUUGAAAAAGAAAUUAAUAAGUUUGUGGCUUGUGUGCUUUCGAAAUCAGUGAGAUUAGAGAAGAGAGAAAAAUAGAAUAAUUGUUCUCCGCAAUUAUUGCUUUGCUUGCCCAACGACAUCGUGAAAUUUGUGAAAAAUUUUACACAACAACUAAGAGAAUUUGAAAUAAAAACGGCCCUCCAGCCUACCCAUAAUCGGUAGGUCAAGUGCUUAAUAAUUGCUUUUAUUUAAAAUCUGGAUAGCAAAGUAACCAAGGUGCAAAUCUCCGAAAGGCAAGAAGAAGGCAAGAUGAUGAUGGCUAAUCUUCCCCCCGUUAUGCUUCCUACUCUCCAUGAUUAUGGAAUGUUGGCACCAACUCUCGGAAUAAAGAGAGGAAGCGAUGAACUCCUGUCACAAAGUGGUGCCGUCAGUAAUGGUGCAGCUAUGAGUCCCCAACCUCAUCACGCAGCAGACAAUAACAAUGACGCGAAGAAGGCGAAGCUUGACAAAAGUCAAAGUGGCAAGCCUUCUCGUGUGAUACAUAUUAGGAAUAUUCCUAAUGAAGUGACGGACGCAGAGAUCAUUCAUCUGGGUAUGCCAUUUGGGCGUGUCACCAAUGUUCUUGUCCUCAAAGGCAAGAAUCAGGCUUUCUUGGAGAUGGCGGAUGAAGGAGCAGCAGCUACAAUGGUCAGCUACUACACCUCGUGUCCGGCGCAAUUGCGAAAUAGGGCUGUUUACGUGCAGUUUAGCAAUCACCGCGAGCUCAAGACUGACCAAACGCACAGCGUUGCUGCCGGAAGUCCAACCAACGCCAUUGCCAACACGUCGAAUAAUGCCAACGUUCAGACAGCAGGACAAGGCCAAGUCCAAGGAAAUGAUACUCAGGGAGGACCAAACACUGUUCUCCGAGCCAUCAUUGAGCACAUGAUCUACCCUAUUACCCUUGAUAUUCUUUAUCAGAUAUUCUCGCGGUACGGCAAGGUUCUGAAGAUCGUGACAUUCACGAAAAACGGUACUUUCCAAGCUCUGAUUCAAUAUGCGGAUAUGAUGGCUGCUCAAAAUGCCAAAUUUAAUCUUGAUGGCCAAAAUAUCUACAAUUCCUGCUGCACAUUGCGCAUAGACUACAGCAAAAUGCAGAACCUCAACGUCAAGUACAAUAAUGACAAGUCUAGGGAUUAUACAAACCCUACUCUGCCGACGGGAGACGCCAGUCUUGAUGCUGCGUCGAUUGCACUGGGAGGUGAACUUUUACCUCAACUCUUGCUUGGAGCUGCCGGAUCUCAGCCACGUGCUCGACUACCUGAAUUGAUUACAGGAGCACCCAGUGUACUAGCAACGCCGUUUGCAGCUAUGCAUGGCCUACCAUCCCCGCUCGCGGGGCCCUAUGGCAAUGGCGUACCACCGACCGGUGGACUUGCCGGCUUGGGAGGCUUUAAUAUUGGAGCUGGAGCGCUUGGCGUUCGAGUUCCUGGCAGUCCGCAGCCAUCCUGCGUUUUACUCAUUAGUAACCUGAAUGAGGAGAUGGUCACGCCUGACGCUCUCUUUACCCUGUUUGGUGUUUACGGGGAUGUACAGCGUGUGAAAAUUCUUUACAAUAAAAAAGAUUCCGCACUUAUUCAGUUGGCUGAACCUCAUCAAGCUCACUUAGCUAUAAACCACAUGGACAAGCUAAAAGUGUUUGGUAAGCCAAUAAGAGUGAUGUUGAGUAAACAUCAAUCAGUUCAGCUACCCAGAGAAGGUCAGCCUGAUGCCGGUCUUACAAAGGACUAUACCAAUAGUCCCCUUCACCGCUUCAAAAAGCCUGGUUCAAAGAAUUAUCAAAACAUUUACCCACCAAGCGCGACUUUGCAUUUAUCAAACAUUCCAACCACGGUAUCAGAAGAUGAAAUAAAAGAUGCUUUCACCAAGAAUGGAUUUACUGUCAAAGCAUUCAAAUUCUUCCCUAAGGACAGAAAAAUGGCUUUAAUUCAGAUGCCCAGCAUGGAUGAUGCCGUUGCCGCUCUUAUUAAAAUGCACAACUAUCAGUUGAGCGAAUCAAAUCAUUUGAGGGUUUCCUUUUCUAAGAGCAACAUCUAACAAGACAGACCAGCCUACGAAAACCAACAACAGCCGCAGCAACAACAACACCAUCACCAUCAUCAACAGCAGCAGCAGCAGCAGCAACAGCAGCCGCAGCAGCAGUGGUGUCAGCCCUAUACUCUUGUUCACUACUGGUAUCCUAGUGCCGUGCACGACUAAAUGAAAAUCGAACGACCUUAUCUUUUUCUAUUUGAUGUCGUCGCUAAUUGAAAAGUCAACGUGCAUACACAUGACUAUCGAGAUUACCAAAAAAGUAACUCGAUUAGACAUAACAUGAAGUGUUACAAAAUUAGCUUGAUAAGUUUUAAAUUCGUACGAGAAUUGAAUAUGCUUCGGCGAAAACCAUGAUUCUUAGGGUUUAUAAGCGGAAAAUUGACAAAAUUCUCGUAUUUAAAUGACAUUCAUCGUGAAUAACGCGCUGUUUUCGUGGUCGUAACAGUUUUAUCUAUUUUAAAAUGUAAUAAAAUGAUGAAUCCCAAUUCAUAUGGUAAAUAUGAGACAUAAAUGAGCGUAGUUUUAAGAGGUUUAAUAAUUUUAAGAGCGUUUGAAAAAAACGCUGUUAAGAGUAAAGCGAUGCCAAAAGAGGCUUCGACUGAUGGUCUUCAAUCUUGUACAGAAUAUUUAAUCUGAUAAACAAAAGAGUGAAAAAAAACAAAUCCUAAAAAAUAUAUAUAUAUUAUAUAUAUAUA